GUGAGUGAGAGAGAGAGAGAGAGAGAGAGAGAGAGAGAGAGCAGUGUGGGAGGGAGGAAGUCCUGCUCUUCAGGACUUCUCAUGAAGCGUGUCAGACAUUACUUUUGAGAAAAGGAAGUGGACCCACGCCACUAGUGAGGAAAAAGGUAAAGACGGCCGAGAGGGAAAGAAAGGGAUUCUUGAGUGUUUUUAUAUGCAAGUGGGGUGACCAGUGAGACCCUCCAGUUUGUGGGUCAGCCGCAGAGAGAACAUGAAGAACCAAAUCACCAAUGCCCUCUCUGACUUCUUCUUUGAGUACGAGACCCCACGCCAGGUGCUGGUGAGGAACAGGAGGGUGGGAGUGGUGUGUCGGCUGAUCCAGCUGGGGGUCCUGGCUUACAUUAUUGGGUGGGUUUUUAUCUAUGAGAAAGGUUACCAGUCCACAGACACAGCAGUCAGCUCCGUCUUCACCAAAAUGAAAGGUGUGGGCUACACAAAUGUAAGUGGAAGCGAGAGGGUCUGGGAUGUGGCUGACUACGUCUUCCCCCCUCAGGGAGAUUCCUCUUUUGUAGUGAUGACCAACUACAUCAUAACUGAGGGCCAGAAGAUGGGAAAGUGUCCAGAGCUCAAAGGCAAGCACAACUGCAACUCAGACAGCGACUGUGAAGGAGGGAGUUUCAAACGUACGGGACAUGGGCAAAUGACUGGAGUCUGUGUGGAAGGCACUAAGACCUGUGAGGUCUUGGCUUGGUGUCCAGUUGAGGAUGAUCACAACAUCCCAGAUCCUCCUCUGCUGAUGUCUGCAGAGAACUACACAUUGUUCAUCAAAAACUCUGUAACUUUCCCCUUAUUUGGUGUCACAAGGAGUAACCUGGUGGAGGGUAUAGAUGCUGACUACAUCAGCAAAUGCCUUCACGAUCCAAAAAAGGCUCCACUGUGUCCCAUAUUCAGACUGGGAGACAUAGUUAAACUGUCUGGCUUCAGCUUUGAAACAAUAGCCCGAGUGGGAGGGGCCAUAGGGAUUGUAGUUGACUGGACAUGUAACCUGGAUGUGGAUGUAAAACACUGUAAACCUCAGUACAACUUUCAUGGUCUCUAUGGAAACCCUGCUGAGACGGACAAAGCCAGAGCAUCGGUGGGCUACAACUUCAGAUAUGCAAAGCAUUAUAUGGAGGACAGAAUUCAGAAAAGAACCCUUCUGAAGGUGUUUGGCAUCAGGUUCGAUAUCAUUGUACAGUCACUGGCACGAAAAUUUGAUAUCAUCCCAACAUUGACAGCGAUAGGCUCUGGAGUGGGAAUCUUUGGAGUGGCAACUGUAGUAUGUGACUUGGUGCUGCUCUAUUUGCUACCAAAAAGAGAAUUUUACAAGAACAUGAAAUUCAAAUACACAGACACACAUACACAGCAAGACAGCGAGUCGCUCGGUUUAGACACAAGCGUCUAUUACACCCUUGACGCAAACGCAAGACAAGCCCAAGGCACUGACCAGUCCAACGAUCCUGAUUCAGAGGCAGGUAGCACAGAGACUGAGGUAUCUAAAAAGUGACCUGGGAGCAAACAAGCCAUGCUGCUUUUGAAGGUGUGCUGCACUGGAACGCCACCAUAGACCCUCUCUCUCUCUCUCUCUCUCUCUCUCUCUCACACACACACACACACGCACACACAACUUAAAUGGACUCCUGAGACAGAAAAGAACAUAAAGACAUUGCGUCCCGUGUUUCUUUCUGAUCUCCAGCAGCGUCUUCUGCCAAUAACAUCCUCCCACUCUUGAAGCCAUCCUGAGUGACUGUGACUCUUGUUGUUGUGUAGAGCCACAGAUAGCCUAGCUAAGCUGUAUGUGUACUUUUUUUUUGGGUGUAGCUCAGUUUGCUUUUGUUCUUACUUUGGGUGUAACCUCCGGCUCUAUAACCGUCUCCGUAUCAGGUGAAAGAAGAAUUUCUGGCACUUGAGUGCUGCUGUGUAUACAGAUUGUCCAUUAUUUCUGUCAUUGUCUUUGUCAGUUCAAGAUAUACACACAUAACCUGUGGAUGGAUGUGUUACUGUCAGAGUGAUUCAUCCCUUGUGUGCACCUUGUGAUCAACAGUGGAACUCAAUAAAAAAUUGUACAGCUACA